UACACAUCAAACCAUAAUCUCUAAUAAUAAUUUAGCUUAUUCCAAUCAAAUGGCUUCAAGCAGCAACGAUAGUACCAUUGAAAGUAGAUGCAACAACUUCUCUUCUGCUAUGAACACAUUGCCAAAUACUAAUGAUUAUGAUGUGUUUGUUAGCUUUAGAGGUAAAGACACACGCCAUAGUUUCACCGAUCAUCUUUUUGGUGCCCUCCGAAGAAAAGGCAUUCUUGCAUUUAGAGAUGAUACAGCUCUCAUUAGAGGUAAAUCUAUAGCACCUGAGCUUCUUCGCGCAAUUGAAAGCUCUAAGAUUUACGUUAUAGUAUUCUCUGAAAACUAUGCUUCUUCAACUUGGUGCUUGCAAGAAUUAGAAAAUAUCAUUCAAUGUGAACAACGAUCGGGAAAAGGUGUUCUACCUGUUUUCUAUGAUGUUGAUCCAUCUGUGGUGCGAUUAGAAACAGGAUAUUAUGUUGAAGCUCUUGCCGAACAUGAAAAUUAUCACGACCCAGAGCUCGUGCAAAGAUGGAGGGUUGCUUUGGCUAAAGUGGCCAAUCUCGCUGGAUGGCAUAUGCGUAAUAUGCCACAAUAUGAAGAGAUUGAAAAGAUUGUUCAAGAGAUAAUAAGAAGGUUUGGUUACAAGUUUUCUUGUCUUGCAAAUGAUUUAGUAGGAACCCUUACUCCUAUAGCAGAAUUGGAAAAGUGCUUACUUUUGAACUCGAUUAGUGAUGUUCGGGCUGUUGGAAUUUGUGGGAUGGGUGGAGUAGGGAAGACGACUAUUGCUUCUCUUUUAUAUGGCAAAAUCUCUCAUCAAUUCAAUGCAGGUUGUUUUAUUGACGAUGUGAGCCAAUUUUUUAAAUAUUACGGUCCACUUGGUGUACAAAAGCAAAUUCUACAUCAAACUCUUGGUGAAGAACACAAACAAAUAUACAAUCAUUAUGACGGAACUAAUUUGAUACAAAGUAGGCUACGUCAUCUUAAGGCUCUUAUAGUUUUUGAUAAUGUUGAUCAAAGUGAACAAUUGGAGAAACUAGCCUUGUAUCCUAAAGUUUUAGGUGAAGGGAGUAGAAUCAUUAUAGUGUGCAGAGAUUCUCAUAUCUUGAAAGAGUAUGAAGUGGACGCACUUUACAAAGUUCAAACCUUGAAUGACAUGAACUCUCUUCAAUUAUUUUGUCGAAAAGCUUUCAAACUUGAUAAUAUUAAGAGUGUUCGUUAUAAGGAGUUGACACAUGAUAUACUUAAUAUCGUUGAUGGCUUACCAUUAGCGAUUAAAGUGUUAGGUUCAUUUUUGUUUGAUCGAACUAUCUCUGAAUGGAGAAGUGCAUUGAUUAGAUUGAAAGAAAAUCCAAACAAAGAUAUUAUGAAUGCACUUCAGUUAAGUAUUUAUGGGCUAGAGAAAGUGGAAUUACAAAUAUUUCUUGAUAUUGCUUGUUUUUUCGACGGGAAAGAAGAAAAAUAUGUCAAAAAUGUUUUAAAUUGUUGUGGAUUUCACCCUGAUAUUGGAUUAAGAGUUCUUGUUGAUAAAUCACUCGUAAGCAUUUCAGAUGAAAGUAAAAUUGAAAUGCAUGGUAUGUUGAAAGAGCUAGGAAGAAAGAUUGUUCAAGAAAAUUCAAAGAAAGAGGCAAGAAAGUGGAGUAGAUUGUGGCUCCAUAAAUAUUGCUACGAUGUUAUGUCAGAGAAUAUGGAAAAGAAUGUUGAAGCCAUAGUUUUGGAAGGAGAUACAGAAAUAUUGAUGGCAGAGGCAUUGUCGAAUAUGAGUCGUCUUAGAUUACUCAUACUCAAGGAUGAUGUUAAGGUUUUAGGAAGCCUCACCAAUCUUUCUAAUCAAUUGAGAUAUGUUGAAUGGAAUGUCUAUCCUUUCAUUUAUUUUCCAUCAAGUUUUCAACCCGACCGACUUGUUGAAUUGAUCUUGGUGGGUAGCAACAUCAAACAACUAUGGGAAGGCAAGAAGAAUCUGCCCAAUUUGAGGAUUCUAGAUCUAAGCCACUCUAAAAAUUUAAUUCAGAUGUCAGAUUUUGGAGAAGCCCCGAAUCUUGACCGGUUAAACCUUGAAGGAUGUGUAAAGCUCAUGCAUUUGGAUCUAUCUAUUGAUCCUAUAAAGCUUGUUUUCUUAAAUUUGAAAAACUGCAAAAGUCUUGUAUGCAUACCUAAUGGCAUAUUUGAUCUGAACUCUCUUGAAAAUUUAAAUAUUUGCAGUUGUUCUAUGGCGUUUACAAAUCCAAGGCUUUCGGAGUUGCCUUCCUUGGCUAGCUUGUCUUGUUUGCGUGAAGUUGAUAUUAGUUUUUGCAGUCUAAGCCAACUCACUGAUACUAUUAGAUAUCUAAGUUGUUUACAAAGAUUAAACUUAGGGGGAAACAAUUUUGUGACAUUGCCUAGCAUGAGGGAGCUUUCCAAACUCGUAUAUUUGAGCUUGGAGCAUUGCAAGUUGUUAGAAUCUUUGCCUGAUCUUCCUUUACAUGCUGCCAUCGAGCGCAAUGAAUAUUUGAGAGCGGGAAUGUAUAUUUUCAAUUGUCCUAAAUUACUUGAGAGUGAGCCGGAACGUUGCAGUGACAUAACUUUUUCAUGGAUGAAGCAAUUCAUACUAGCGAACCAAGAAUCAUUUGCCUCCUCGCAUUGGAUUGAAUUCGUUAUUCCCGGCAUUGAAAUACCAAGUUGGUUCAAUGAUCAAAAAAUGGCUACAUCGAUAAGAAUAGACCCAUCACUCAUUAUACAUAACAAUAAUGUCAUUGGCAUUGUUUGUUGUGUAUUAUUUUCUACGGGACCUAACGAUGAACCAAGUAGAACAAAGGAACGAAAAGCCGUAUUACAUCUAAGUUUUCAAAGAGGUGACUUUGUCGAUCACUAUCGCAUUCAAGUACAUACAAAUCUUAUUAUGGUUAGAUCAACUCACAUGUGGCUAACCUAUUUCACUCGUGAAUCGUUCUCUAAUAUUCUAAGAGAUAUAGGAAAUGAAGCCGCUGAUGAGAUCAGAAUGGAAGUUUCCAUCGUAGAGGGCGAAGAUUUGAAUGUGGAGGUGAAGAAUUGUGGGUAUCUUUGGAUAUUUUCAGAUUAAACUUAAUAAUCAUGGAAGCAAAACUUCAUUAGCUUGGUUGGAACCGCAACUUUUUUGGCAAUUGAGAGAGUGACAUGUUUUGAGAAAUUGAGAGGAUUUUGAUCCGUUUUUCAUGUAAUUGA